AUGUCUCCAGUGGUGUGCAAGACGCUCAAUGUCUCCAGUGUUGUGCAAGACACUCAAUGUCUCAAGUGUUGUGCAAGACGCUCAAUGUCCCCAGUGUUGUGCAAGACGCUCAAUGUCUCCAGUGUUGUGCAAGACGCUCAAUGUCUCAAGUGUUGUGCAAGACGCUCAAUGUCUCCAGUGUUGUGCAAGACGCUCAAUGUCUCAAGUGUUGUCGAGACGCUCAAUGUCUCAAGUGUUGUGCAAGACGAUCAAUGUCACCAGUGUUUUGCAAGACGCUCAAUGUCUCCAGUGUUGUGCAAGACACUCAAUGUCUCCAGUGUUGUGCAAGACGCUCAAUGUCCCCAGUGUUGUGCAAGACGCUCAAUGUCUCCAGUGUUGUGCAAGACGCUCAAUGUCUCCAGUGUUGUGCAAGACGCUCAAUGUCUCCAGUGUUGUGCAAGACGCUCAAUGUCUCAAGUGUUGUCGAAACGCUCAAUGUCUCAAGUGUUGUGCAAGACGAUCAAUGUCACCAGUGUUUUGCAAGACGCUGAAUGUCCCCAGUGUUGUGCAACACGCUCAAUGUCUCCAGUGUUGUGCAACACGCUCAAUGUCUCCAGUGUUGUGAAACACGCUCAAUGUCACCAGUGUUGUGCAAGACGCUCAAUGUCUCCAGUAUUGUGCAAGACACUCAAUGUCUCCAGUGUUGUGCAAGACGCUCAAUGUCUCCAGUGUUGUGCAACACGCUCAAUGUCUCCAGUGUUGUGCAAGACACUCAAUGUCUCCAGUGUUGUGCAAGACGCUCAAUGUCUCAAGUGUUGUGCAAGACGCUCAAUGUCUCCAGUGUUGUGCAAGACGCUCAAUGUCUCAAGUGUUGUGCAAGACGCUCAAUGUCUCAAGUGUUGUGCAAGACGCUCAAUGUCACCAGUGUUUUGCAAGACGCUCAAUGUCCCCAGUGUUGUGCAACACGCUCAAUGUCUCCAGUGUUGUGCAAGACGCUCAAUGUCUCCAGUGUUGUGCAACACGCUCAAUGUCGCCAGUGUUGUGCAACACGCUCAAUGUCUCCAGUGUUGUGCAACACGCUCAAUGUCACCAGUGUUGUGCAAGACGCCCAAUGUCUCCAGUGUUGUGAAAGACGCUCAAUGUCUCCAGUGUUGUGAAACACGCUCAAUGUCUCCAGUGUUGUGCAACACGCUCAAUGUCACCAGUGUUGUGCAAGACGCUCAAUGUCUCCAGUGUUGUGCAACACGCUCAAUGUCACAAGUGUUGUGCAACACGCUCAAUGUCUCCAGUGUUAUGCAAGACACUCAAUGUCUCCAGUGUUGUGCAAAACGCUAA